AUGCCCAAAAAAUUUGGGCAGCCCGCGCCCGAGAGAGGGAUUUAUCCCAAAUCCCUCUCUCAUUUCUCAUUUCCCCUCUCUCUCUUCAUUCCCCCCUCUCCCCCUUCUCGUUCUCUUCGCCGGCGUCGGACCCGCGCUGCCACAGAAGAAUCCCACGACGCCGCCAUCGAGGACGAGGACACCGGAGCCCAGAUCGUCCCCAUCAUCAAGCUCGAGGAGGUCGCCGUCACCACCGGCGAAGAGGACGAGGAGGCCAUCCUCGACCUGAAAGCGAAGUUGUAUCGGUUCGAUAAAGAGGGGAAGCAAUGGAAGGAGCGAGGGAGCGGGAGCGGGAGCGGGAGCGUGAAGCUGUUGAAGCACAAGGAGAGCGGCAAAGUCCGGUUGGUUAUGAGGCAGGCCAAGACCCUCAAGAUUUGCGCGAACCACUAUGGUGAGAUUUUUUCUUAG